AUGUCGGUGGUGAUAGACACGGUGAAUAGCUUCUUCGGACAGCGCCACGAUAGCUACGCCUACACCGACGCGCCACGGCAACACAAUCCUAGCCCUCAGUCUCGAAGCGGACGCGCUUCCUCCCGAUCCGACCACCAUAUGUCCAAUUCUGCGCGGAGAGCACCCAGCUCUUCUAGUGUGCAGACGGCACAACAUGCUCCUGCUACGAACAGCACGCCACGCGCGCCAUCUCAGUCCUCUCGACAAAGCGCGUCACGACCACCACCACCCGAACCGGCGGCUGGCCCCGUGGCUGCACCGCCCUCCGCGAGCAGUCUGAGCCCUCCUGCGCCUGUAAAGAGUGAAGCCUCCACUGCCACGAGCUCGGCGGAAACCAGACGAUCACGACCACGAAAAAUCAAGGUGAGAGACUUGGAGCAUAUCCAGAGCUUUGCGAACGAGGAUAUGGGAUCGUUCUCUGAGAUCAGAAGUCGGAGCAGAUCAGGGUCAAGAGGAGCAGAAGACGAUAGUCCACAAUAUGAGAUUAGCGAGAUGAAAGUUGAGCACAUAAUAGAAAUGGUGGCCGGCCUUCUGACGAAAAUCACCACGACCAACGACCAGCAGCACGAGCAUUUGCACCGACAACCAGCACAUCUGGAGCAGGCGUCGCAUUUGACCGCUCAGACGAGCAGUGUACUGGCAUUCCAUGGCAAAAACGUGCCCAGCAUCACCAUCUUGAGCUACUUGAGCAGAAUAAAUAAGUACUGUCCCACCAGCUACGAGGUCUUUUUGAGUUUACUGGUGUACUUUGAUCGCAUGACGGAGCGAGUCAACGCAGCUCCGAUGCAGACCCUGAAAGAAGCCAACCAGCAGGCAUUCGAGCAGAAUCGCACAGCGAGCAGUCCCUCCGACUCUUUAGGCUCUGAUCGUAUGCAGGGUGUAACCGCUACUACACCAUCGGGCACCCAGACUGCUACACCUCCAGCAUCCGGAAACAUGGAGCAAGGCGAGCAGCAAGGUGUACCAGGAACCCCGCACAGUAGACCACACCAGGCAGAAUCACCGUCUAUACUAGCAGAGCCUGCUAUGGAUCCUUACAAUCUGGCACACUUCUUCGUGGUAGAUAGCUUCAAUAUACAUCGAUUGGUGAUUGCAGGUGUAACGUGUGCGAGCAAGUUUUUCUCGGACAUCUUUUACACCAAUUCGAGAUAUGCGAAGGUCGGCGGCUUGCCACUUCAAGAGUUGAAUCAUCUAGAACUGCAAUUUCUACUGCUCAAUGACUUCAGACUAUCGAUUCCAGUAGAGGAGAUUGAGGCCUACGGGACCAUGCUGGUGGAAUUCUAUGCUCGAGAAGUCAUUGCACAACAACGGGCAGCACUCAGCGAGACGAUGUCGAACCGGUCGUUGAGCGAAAGCUCUGGAGACAGCACGGCGACUAUCAAGGCGGAGAGCUAG